AUGGUAACCUGUGAUGACUCUGGUGGGUACAUGGCAGCGAUCAAGGUCAUGGCAGAGAAGGUCAUCGUUACCAUAAACGUUGGUGAGCUCAGUUUCAAACUCACGAUGAGAAUCCCAUACCGGGCGGCGUUCGAGACACAGCAGAACAGCGAUGCUAGGCACCAGGACGAAUUCACCUCCAUCAUUGCGGAGUCCUCCAAGCUCUUCGGAGAGUUUAACGUCUCUGACUUCUUCCCCUGGUUCAGCUGGCUAGAUCUACAAGGCAUCAACGAGCGCCUCAAGGUCGCCAGGAAAGCGAUGGAUAAGUUCAUCGGCAAGAUCAUUGACGAGCACAUGGCCAACCCGAAGGAAGCCCUGUGA